AUGUCUUUGGUACAGCACGUUUCUGUGAUUGAGGGAGUGGAUCGCGAACCCGAUCCCCAGGAUGACAGCACAAUCGCAACCGCCGUGAUGGGCGAGCCAUGCGCUCUCGUCCGCCGCAAGAUCAGUUACGACGUCCUCCAGCCUCAACCUGUCCCGAUUGACAGUUCCGGAACCCCUGCCUAUAAGGUCUCGACUGCCAAGCGAAUUGCUCAGGUUGUUGUCACCAUUCUGGCAUGCUGGUUCGCAGCAGGGAUCGUGUUUGGAUUCGCGGCCCUGAAACCAGUCCUAGUCGCAGAAGGUGUAUAUCGAGAGCUGUGCACGGAGGAGGAAUUGCACAAUGGUGUAGAAGUCUGUGCUGAGCAGGAUCUCAGAUUGAACCUAUUCUUUACCAUCGGCUCCAUCACCGCCAAUGUGUCUGCCCUCCCGGUCGGGACUCUUCUAGAUCGCUAUGGGUCGCGUAUAUGUGGCUUUGCGGGUUGCCUGCUCCUUGCGCUUGGUAGCUCGUUGAUGGCAUAUUCCUUUUCCCAGCCCCAAUUCGAUGGAUAUAUGGCUGGGAACUUCUUACUCGCUCUGGGGGGUACUUGCAUAUUUGUGCCCUCUUUCCAGAUCGCUUAUGCCUUUCCCAAGUACGCAGGCACCAUUGUUGCUCUUGUUACUGGCGCCUUUGAUGCUUCUGCAGCGGUGUACUUGUUUUACCGUCUUCUUUAUGAGGCGACUGAUCGCUCGUUCCAUCCUGGAAAGUUUUUUCUGGGGUAUCUCUUAGUGCCUGGCUUCAUUUUCAUCGCUUUGUUUACGCUCAUGCCGUCUCAUGACUACCAGGGCACAUAUCAACUUGAAGUCAAAAUUGAGAGGGCCGAGGAUGCCACCCGUGAUGUGCACGAUUCGGACGAUGAGAUCGAAAGUGACACGGAGCUGCGACGAAUCAGACGGCAGCGCGCUGAACGACGCCGUAAGAAGCUGUAUAAAAUCGCUAAAGUCUUAGGAAACAAGGGAGAGCGACAAGAACGUGAGCAACGCGAAGAGGAUCGUCAGGUUGCGAGCGCCGUCUGGGGCGCGCUGCACGGCCAACCUGCGUACAAGCAGAUGGCCACACCCUGGUUUAUCUUGAUCACCCUGAUGACGGUCUUGCAGAUGCUGCGUAUGAACUACUUCAUUGCCACGAUUCGCGCCCAGUACGGGUAUAUGCUGGACUCGGAUGCAUUGGCCGUCCAGAUCAACAGCUUCUUUGACAUUGCUCUCCCUGUGGGAGGGAUCAUUUCCACGCCAUUCAUCGGGCUGCUGCUUGAUCGCGUCAGCGUGCCCACAAUACUGGCUAUUAUCGUGGCCCUGACAACGGUGAUUGGUAUUCUAAAUUCGAUCCCAGUCUUGUGGACGGGAUAUGUAACAGUGGCAUUGUUUGUUCUGCUGCGGCCACUCUACUAUUCCGCCAUGUCAGACUAUGCCACCAAGGUAUUCGGGUUUGCCACCUUUGGACGCGUCUAUGGAACCAUCAUCUGCUUUUCGGGGCUGGUGAACUUUUCACAGUAUGGCCUAGAUGCACUAACUCAUGGUCCGUUCGGAGGGAAUCCCCUUCCCAUCAACAUCUUCUUUGCUGGGGCCGGCUUCGUAGUGGGGACGGUGCUGGUGUCCUUUGUGUACAUUGCGGGAAAGCGGAUGAGGGAGCAGGAGCAAGAGAUGGAAGAAGAUGAAGAAAGGCAGAGAUUGAUUUUGGAGGGAAGCGAGGAUGAAGACGAUGAGUACUGA